AUGCGCAUUUCAGACGGACGACAUGAAGCGGUUUCGUUUGACAAGAUUGCUCAUCGCAUCGAAAAGUUGUGCUACGGCCUUAAUCCUGAAGGAGUGGAUCACAUCGAGGUCUCGCAGAAAGUGAUUACCGGCCUGUAUAAAGGCGUGACAACUGUUGAACUGGACAAUUUGGCAGCGGAAACUGCGGCAGAUAUGAUGACCAAACAUCCCGACUAUGCGAUUCUGGCUGCGCGAAUUGCUAUCUCCAAUUUGCACAAAAAAGUCGAAAAGGUUUUUACAUUCGUUCGGUUUUUUGCUAAUUUUCACCCACCAUUCACUGCUUAG